AUGUCUUUAAAAAUUGACUGUGCUUGGGCGAGAGUGUUCCUUAGAGAAACCAAAUAUUUAAGCAAGAUUGAAAAGACUCCUGGUGCAGGAAAAGCAAAGUUUGCUGCUAGAUUGGUUCAAGAUAGGUACAAAAUCUUCACUGAACAUUUUCGAGAAUACCCUCAGCUACGAAUCAAACGGGAGGACUUCAUCCGGCAUUGCAAAAGCAUUGAUGAACAAUUCUAUAACUGGAGAAGUAAAAAAGACAAAGAGGCAUAUAUCACGACAUUUUCUUCGAGUAAAUGGAAUGAGGGCAAAACAAUUACUAAAGAAGGAAAGAAAGAACUCUCGUUGACAAGCUGCCAGGCAUGUUUUUUAUUUAACUCACAAUUACAAUCAACCUUUCCUUUAAGGCGACUCGACCCAGUUUUUUUGGGGGGUACCAUCCUACUUUGAAGCUCUCUGGUAUCCCCACCGUUACUUUUGUCGUAAGUUUAACACAUAGAAUGGAUAACAUAUAGAUCAAUCUACAAUAUAACAUAAAAUUUUUGGCGAUCGGAGUAAAUGUCACGUGGUUAUAAUGCCACGCCCUUUUGAGGUCUGAGUCGAAAAUGUGCUGUUGCCGGCAUUUUUUGGUGAAAAUCUCUCGGCUACACAUAGUGCGCAUUAGUGCCUUGCGCUGAACAGAGUUUUACCAAAAUCGCAAAGACCUUAUUCGAGAAAUUCAGCGGUUUCCAAAUUUAGGUCAUAAUUUAUGCGAAAAUGAUAAGCAAACAUUACACGAUUAUAUCUAAUAAACAAUGAGAUUCAUCCCUUUAUUUUCGGCAUCGUUAUAACAGAUGGGUCCUUGCAAGUCAGCAAACGUUUUAGGGCCUUGUAAAUGUGCGCGAUUUCGAGAAAAGCAAACAUAUAGAAAUUAUAGUUUUCGCUAUUUGUUGACGUUUGUCAGCGUUUAAGAGUCCUUCUCACGAAAAAAAAGCAUUUUCUUAAAAAUUCGUAGUUUUUUUCCCUCCAGAUUUUUUUAGGGCCACAAUUGAUUAACUAACUACAAGGACUAUGAAUUUCAUGGUCAUCGAAAAACUGUGACAUUAUCUUCUAUAAGCCGAAACUUGAGUAAACAUUGAAGAUUUUUAGCGUUUUGGUUGAGUUUGUGCUUUGGGAGUUGUCUAUUGUUUCUAGUCUGUCAUUAUACAGUAUUCUUGUUCAGCACGCGUGCAAUGACCACGCUUGGCUGACUUCCGAGUGCUCACCGAGAUAUGAUAAUUUAGUAUGAGAAAAUAGAAAGGAUUCCCGUUUCAUUGUUUGUGUUUUUACAAUAAUAAGUCAAGGUGCUCCCUUGGGUCUAGCUGUAGAGAUGAACUAAUUUGUAUUCAAGAUUGGGCUUGUUAACCCGCAUAAUUAACUGACUAACGGCGCUUGAAUUGACAAGACCAUAAGCUGAUCAAGCGCUGAGAUUUCAAUAGUUAGUCGUUUCCUCGAGAUGGAACGGAGAAAACGCUUUCGUAAUGGUGAGUCGAAAUUGAAGUAGAGAGUUUCACCUACACUCUGUGUAUGUGUGUGUGUUUUGUUUAUAUAUCCAAUUUUCAGUGCUAAACAGGAAGACAUGUGUUGCUAGGCGAUCGCACCUCUUAUUCCUAUUUUUCCACUCAUCAGGAACAAGAAUGGAGUUUAUUUAAGAACCAAAAGAGCUAGGGUUUACUUUAGAACCACCUGUUGUUUUCUAUAGAAUUUCAUACCCUGUGCAAUACUUUCUACAGAGUCAAGUAAACAAAGAGUGACAUUUUUGCUUGAUAGGCAGUUUUUCGCUGAGCUGAGCUUCGACCUCGUUUUCAUGUUUCGCCUGAAAAAUUUGUACGAUUUCGCAUUCGCUUAACCUCCUUUUCCCUUCUUUUGAAGUAGAGAUUUUUCAGUUAACCUCCGUGUCUUGGUUUUGUUUAUAACCGAUUUUUCGUGAAAAUAAUUAAUUAAUGAUUAAAGAUUUUUCAUUUAGUAUAAUCUACAAAGAUAACUCGUUCAAAAUUUGCCCGCAUUUAUUUUAAACACAUGACAGUUUCUACAAUAUCCAAUCAGAAGAAACUAUAGCAAACAAUAUCUAAUCAGAAGACUGUAGCAAAUAGCUAAUUAUAUAAAAAUCACUUUUCUGUUUAUAGACUAUAAUCUCAACAUUUUUUGAUGACGUCAACUCUAAGAAAUUCUGGCGUCAUUUGCUCCUUAACUACUGGAAAUAAACUAUGACAUCAUCCAAUCUAUAUGACAUGCAUGAAGUCAGCCAGCUAAAAAUAAACUAUGACAUCAUCCUAUCUUAAUGGCAUGCGUGACAUCAUCGGCAUUAAUUUUAAAGUAUGACAUCAUCCUAUCUUAAUGAGAUGCAUGACGUAAUCUGCGUUAAUUUAUUCCCCCGCGAGUUGAUGAAAUUCUACCGCAAAAAACCGGAGUAAAACAUCCCUCCUCCACUACUCCUAAGGUUACAAACAAGAAACUAAAAAACAUUGGGGAGGCGAUAUAUGCCACAUACAUUGAAAAAUGCAAGGAAAACUUUCAAAAAUCACUGAGUGAGAUGUUAGUGCUUGUCCCUGAGGCUGGUCUUCAAAAAAAGCCUUCACCUGCCGAGAGAAAAAAAAUGAAGAGAAAUCAGCAAAGUCAAACCAAAAAAGAACUGGAAUCCAAAAUGUCACAAAGUGACACUGCUGUUCACCUAAGUCUUCACGAGUUGUUCAGUUCAAGACAAGUUCAAAGGAUGGCACAGUCCUUUGAAACCUUUGAAGAGGCAAAAGAAAGGGCACAGAAGACUCCCCCGAAGGUGAGAGAACGACCACACACUGCUUCAGUUUACAAUAUAGAGGGAGAGUUGGAUCAGCUACCGGCAGAUGUAGAGUCAUGGCCUAAUGGACCUCCAAACUGGUCAGAAAAAGCUAGAAAGUACAACAUAAAGACAAAGGGGAGUGACUCAACACCUGCCAAUGGAGGGCAACUAGUCAAGGCCUUUUUAAAGUCAAAAGAGGUCGAUAUUAUCCGAUGUGAGCCACCAGCUGUGCAAAUCAAUUCAGAGGAAGGCCUCACAGGUAAUACUAGUAAGUAGUAAAGUAGUAAAUAGUAACUAAGCCAACCAGCGUUACAGUUCUGUAAAGGUGAGAAGGAAUUAGAAAUAAGGAUUCAGCAUUCAGAAGUAAUGAAAGGCUCGUGUGUAUCCUCAACAGGGGAAAGAUGAUUGUAAUUUUGAAACCUGAGACAAGUACCUUUUUGCAAAAUCUGAAAAUAAUUUUCAGCUUUUGAGAAGCAGGCUGGAGAAGACGAAUGUAACCAUCUUGGAUAAUUUCAUCAUUUCCCUUUUCUUCUCAUAACAGAACAUUAAUUAUUCAUUUUAUUUUUAGGAUUCAGGGUAAGGGGAGCUAUCAGAAAGCAAAAGGGUGGUGAAAUUUCCACCCCAGUUAUGCGCUCCAAUACAAAGCUGAAAAAGAGCAUUCAAGAAGGUAUUCAAAAUAGCACAUUCAACAUAGGGGUUCCAGUCAUGGAGAAAUAG